AUUGCUUCCUUAAUGUCUAUAUUAGACUCGGAUGAAACGUUUGAAGAUAUAUUAGGCCGCAGUUAUGAUGCAGAAUUUUCAGAAGAAGACAAAGUUUAUAUUUCUGCUGUUCUCAACCGAUUGCGUCGGAUCCUUCAUUGGGACCCAGAGGACGAAGAAAGCUUAUUCAACAAAAAUAGAGGACCACAAAUAAUGAUAGAAAUCAUGUCCUAUUUCACCAGAUGGAAAUCUCUUGUCUGUCAAGGCAGCAAUUUAACUGAUAUUCUUGGUCUGCAACAUCUCAUAACAUAUAGCUUGGCUAAGCUGUGUUUCCUCUAUUGGAUUGAGGACUCUAACAUAGUAGCAGAAGUACUGCGACAAGUUUAUUCUUGUGAUGGCCAUUUUUCUUUUAUGUUCCUCCACAUAGUUAACAGAUGUGAAAGACGUCCACCAUGGAGGACAUCUGCCGAGGAUUCAAGACAGAAGGAACAUCUGGCUAUGUUGUACUUUCUGUAUCAUGCUCAUAAGGCGAAAUGUGAAUACCAUGGAACACGCUUCGUGAAUUUGCGUCUUCGAACUCCUCUACGUGUUCCACCCGUGUUUCUAGCAGCUAUCUACAAUAAACCGCGCCUUCUUCUUCUUUUACUUCGCUAUGGCGCGAAUCUAUACACGAGAGAAGAUGGAAUCUCUGAUGACUGGGAUCUUUUCAUGUUGCUUCGUCAUCUAACAAGAGUAUUGUGGACAUCCCUAGGAUACGAUUUCCAGAAUCAUGAAACGGACUCCACUAUGAUCAGCUUCCCAAUGCAUAAUGUAAUAUUAUGCUUAAGGGUUUUGCUGAGAUCCAUUCGUCAGAUAAAAAUGAGUGAAUUGGAUUUUCCUUUAAUGAACUUUGACCAGGGUUCCUUGACUGGAUCCACAAGCAGCCGCAACUUUGUUAACUGGAUUUCCGAAGAAGGGCUUGUAUCUAAACUAGUCUCAAGAUAUCUUGAUCCAGCAGAGCUGAAGCAUCUGUGCAGGUUCGAAAUACGGAGAGUUUUGAAUAGAAAUUGGAAACUGCCGUACGGUAUCGUCGCUUUACCAAUACCGAAAUUACUGCAAGACUACAUUAAUCUUUCUGAUGAUUAA